GGCUGGUGGAAAAACUACAGUUCCCGGCAUGCCAAGCGCCCGAUUCCGGCGUGGGCCUCGGGACCCGGAAGUAGCUCCGAGAUCCGGCGGCGUCUGCGGGCUGGCUAGUGGUGGGCAGUGGAUUUUCUGCGUUCGCUGGUCCCGCCGCUGCCCUCGCCGCCAUGGGAAAACGACAGCACCAGAAGGACAAGAUGUACAUUACUUGUGCGGAAUACACUCACUUCUAUGGCGGCAAGAAGCCAGAUCUCCCACAAUCCAAUUUUCGGCGACUGCCGUUCGACCACUGCAGUCUCUCCCUACAGCCCUUCGUGUACCCUGUCUGCACCCCUGAAGGCGUCGUCUUCGACUUGCUGAACAUCGUUCCCUGGCUGAAGAAGUACGGGACCAACCCCAGCAAUGGGGAGAAACUUGAUGGGCGCUCCCUGAUCAAGCUGAACUUCACCAAGAACAGCGAGGGGAAGUACCACUGCCCCGUGCUGUUCACUGUGUUCACCAAUAACACCCACAUCGUGGCCGUCAGGACCACCGGCAACGUCUAUGCUUAUGAGGCUGUGGAACAGCUGAACAUCAAGGCCAAGAACUUCCGGGACCUGCUGACCGAUGAGCCCUUUUCCCGGCAGGACAUCAUCACCCUGCAGGACCCCACCAAUCUGGACAAGUUCAAUGUCUCCAAUUUCUUUCAUGUCAAGAAUAACAUAAAAAUAGUGGAUCCAGAUGAGGAGAAGGCCCGACAGGACCCCUGCUACUACCUGAAGAACACCAACGCCGAGACCCGGGAGACGCUGCAGGAGCUCUACAAGGAGUUCAAGGGCGACGAGGUCCUGGCCGCCACCAUGAAAGUGCCCGAGAAGAAGAAAGUGGACAAGCUGAACGCUGCCCACUACUCCACGGGCAAGGUCAGCGCGUCCUUCACCUCCACUGCCAUGAUUCCUGAGACCACACACGAAGCAGCUGCCAUCGAUGAGGACGUACUGCGCUACCAGUUCGUGAAGAAGAAGGGCUACGUGCGCCUGCACACCAACAAGGGUGACCUCAACCUCGAGCUGCACUGCGAUCUGACACCGAAGACCUGUGAGAACUUCGUCAAGCUGUGCAAGAAGCAGUACUACGAUGGCACCAUCUUCCACAGGUCCAUCCGCAACUUUGUGAUCCAAGGGGGCGACCCCACUGGCACAGGCACAGGUGGGGAGUCAUACUGGGGGAAGCCCUUCAAAGAUGAGUUCCGGCCCAACCUCUCGCACACGGGCCGUGGAGUCCUCAGCAUGGCCAACUCGGGGCCCAACAGCAACAAGUCCCAGUUCUUCAUCACCUUCCGCUCCUGUGCUUACCUGGACAAGAAGCACACCAUCUUUGGACGUGUGGUUGGGGGCUUCGACACACUGACAGCCAUGGAGAACGUGGAGAGUGACCCCAAAACUGACCGCCCUAAGACGGACAUUCGCAUUGAGGCCACCACUGUGUUCGUGGACCCCUACGAGGAGGCCGAUGCCCAGAUCGCUGAGGAGCGCAAGAAAACACAGCUGGAUGAGGAGCCUGAAGCCAAAGCCAAGACCCCGCAGUCUCAGCCUGGGAGCCAGGGUCCCCAGACGUACCGCCAGGGAGUGGGGAAGUACAUCAACCCAGCUGCCACGAGACGUGCGGCUGAGGAGCCGUCCACCAGCACCGCGGCCCCAGCAGCCAAGAGGAAGCCUGGCCGGGGCUUUGGGGACUUCAGCUCCUGGUAGUGCUGGCUGCUGCUCAGAUCCCGGUAGGAACGUGGGGUCCGGGCUGAGCCCCAGGAAAGAGCUCUCCCCACGGUAGCCUAACUUCCGAGGCUGGUCCAGCCAGAGCCCGAACUCUGCCCUCC